CUCCAAGUCAUCCUAGAAUCCUCACCAAAUCAAAAUUGCUCAUUUUCAAUCUGCCUUUUGCUUUCCUUCUGAACUAUCAUCCAAGAAAUCAUGGCAGCUGCAAUUCCUAUGGAUAAGAUAGCUGGACCAUUUGGAUUCAGCGGUGGAGAUUUUUGGAGUUUCCGACCUGUAAACAAGAUAAACCAGAUACUCAUUCAUUAUUCUGGAGACUCUGGUGACAACCCCAUUGCCCUAACUUUUUCUAGCACUAGAGAUGAUGGUUCAAAGGAUACAAUCAAAGUAGGAGGAGCAGGACCAGAACGCAUCAUUAAGACUGACAUGGUGAAUAUUGAUAACGCGGAUGAACACUUGGAACAUAUAAGUGGAACAUUUGGAAUUCACUUGGACGUCAAAGUCCUACGUUCAAUAAAGUUCACUACCAAUUUGAAAGACUACGGGCCUUUUGGCCACACUGAUGGAGAGACAUUCCAUCCCGUGCAUGUCGUUCCCAAUAAGAUUGUUGGAUUCCUUGGUCGCUCUGGAUUCUAUAUUGAUGCUAUUGGUACUUAUAAUUCUGAUAAGUGAUUAUAUUAUCGAUCUAUCGGCACUCUCAAGCUUAAGUAAUGCUCCAUUGGAACAUGUCUAUGUGUGUUGUUUGUUGAAUAAGUUCCAAAUGGUUUGAAUAAUGUUGUAUUUAUGCUUUGCUUGUUUUAUGUUUGUCAAAUGUGCUCUCAUGUAUGAGCAUAUUAAUAAAUAAAGUUGUUUUUAUACUUUGCUCUUUAA